AAGGAGGUGGUGGUGAAGGUGAAAUGGGUUGUGGGAUAGGAGGUAAAACUGGUGACGAGUCAGGUGGUAACAAUUGUGGUGACUCUGAAGGUGGUAAUAAUGGUGGCGAGAUUAGAGGUGACAACAAUGGCGGUGAGACUAGAGGUGGCAAUGAAGGUAAUGUUGAUGGUGGAAAUAAUGGUGAUAAGUCAGGUGGCGAUAAUGGUGAUGACUUUAGAGGUGGGACCAUUGGUGGUGACAAUGGAGGUAAUAUUGAGGGUGGUAGUAAGGGCGGUGAAAUAGGAGGUAACGAUUGUGGUGACUUAGAAGGAGAUAAUGGUGGUGACUCUAACGGUGGAAACAUUGGUGUUGAGAUCGGAGACGACAAUGGAGGUAACAUUGACGGUGAUAAUAAUGGUGGUGACAUAGGCAGUAACGAUGGUGGUGAGUUAGGAGGAAAUAAUGGUGGUGAUUCUAAAGGUGGCAACAAUGGUGGUGACAUAGGAGGUGAUAUUGGCGGUGACAUAAAAGGUGGAAAUGUUGGUGUUGAGACCAGAGGCGACAAUGGAGGUAACAUUGAUGGAGAAAAUAAUGGUGGUAAGAUAGGAGGUAACGAUGGUGGUGAGUCAGGAGGUGAUAAUGGUGGUGAAUCUAGAGGUGGCAAUAAUUGUGGUGACUCUAAAGGUGGAAACAUUGGCGUCAAGACUGGAGGUGACAAUGGAGGUAACAUUGAGGGCGAAAAUAAUGGUGAUGAGAUAGGCGACAACGAUGGUGGUAAGUCAUUAGAUGAUAAUGGUGGUGACUCUAGAGGUGGCAAUAAUGGUGGUAACACAGGAGGUGACAACGGUGCUGAUAUUGGCGGUGACACAAAAGGUGGAAACGUUGGUGUUGAGACCGGAGGUGACAAUGGAGGUAACAUUGAGGGUGAAAAUAAUGGUGGUGAGAUAGGAGGUAAUGAUGGUGGUGAAUCAGGAUGUGAUAAUGGUGGUGUGACUAGAGGUGACAAUAAUGGUGACGACUCUAAAGGUGGAAACAAUGGUGUUGUGAGUGAAGGUGAUAAUGAAGGUGAGGUUGUGGGUGACAAUAGUGGUGGUGAGAUAGGCGAUAACGAUGGUGGUGAGUCAAAAGGUGAUAAUGGUGGUGACUCUAAAGGGGGAAAUGUUGGUGUUGAGAGUGAAGGUGAUAAUGGAGGUAAGGCUGAGGGUGACAAAAAAGGUGGUGAGAUAGGAGGUAAGGAUGGUGAUGAGUCAAGAGGUGAUAAUGAUGGUGACUCUACUGGUGCCAACAAUGGUGGUGAUAUUGGCGGUGACACAAAAGGUGGAAACACUGGUGUUGAGACCGGAGAUGACACUGGAGGUAACAUUGAAGGUGACAAUAAUGGUGGUGAGAUAGGAGGUAAUGAUGGUGGGGAGUUAGGAGGUGUUAAUGUUGGUGACUCUAGAGGUGGAAACAAUGGUGAUAACAUAGGAGGUGAUAAUGGUGGUAAGUCAGGAGAUGAUAUUGGUGGUAAGUCAGGAGAUGAUAUUGGUGGCGACUCUAAAGGUGGGAACUGUGGUGAGACCAAAGGUGACAAUGGAGGUAACGUUGACGGUGACAAAAAAGGUGGUGAGAUAGGAGGUAAGGAUGGUGAUGAGUCAAGAGGUGAUAAUGAUGGUGACUCUAGUGGUGCCAACAAUGGUGGUGAUAUUGGCGGUGACACAAAAGGUGGAAACGCUGGUGUUGAGACCGGAGAUGACACUGGAGGUAACAUUGAAGGUGACAAUAAUGGUGGUGAGAUAGGAGGUAAUGAUGGUGGAGAGUUAGGAGGUGUUAAUGUUGGUGACUCUAGAGGUGGAAACAAUGGUGAUAACAUAGGAGGUGAUAAUGGUGGUAAGUCAGGAGAUGAUAUUGGUGGUAAGUCAGGAGAUGAUAUUGGUGGCGACUCUAAAGGUGGGAACUGUGGUGAGACCAAAGGUGACAAUGGAGGUAACGUUGAGGGUGACAAUAGUGGUGGCGAGAUCGGUGAUAAUGAUGGUGGUAAAUCAGGAGGUGAUAAUGGUGGUGACAUAAGAGGUGACAGUGGUGGUGACUCUAAAGGGGGAAAUGUUGGUGUUGAGAGUGAAGGUGAUAAUGGAGGUAAGGCUGAGGGUGACAAAAAAGGUGGUGAGAUAGGAGGUAAGGAUGGUGAUGAGUCAAGAGGUGAUAAUGAUGGUGACUCUAGUGGUGCCAACAAUGGUGGUGACAAUGGUGGUGAUAUUGGCGGUGACACAAAAGGUGGAAACACUGGUGUUGAGACCGGAGAUGACACUGGAGGUAACAUUGAAGGUGACAAUAAUGGUGGUGAGAUAGGAGGUAAUGAUGGUGGGGAGUUAGGAGGUGUUAAUGUUGGUGACUCUAGAGGUGGAAACAAUGGUGAUAACAUAGGAGGUGAUAAUGGUGGUAAGUCAGGAGAUGAUAUUGGUGGCGACUCUAAAGGUGGGAACUUUGGUGGUGAGACCAAAGGUGACAAUGGAGGUAACGUUGAGGGUGACAACAGUGGUGGCGAGAUCGGUGAUAAUGAUGGUGGUAAAUCAGGAGGUGAUAAUGGUGGUGAUUUUAGAGGUGACAUUAAUGGUGGUGAUUCUAGAGGUGACAAUAAUGGUGGUGAUUCUAGAGGUGAUAAUAAUGGUGGUGUGAUAGGAGAUGAUAAUGGUGGUAAGUUAGGAGAUGAUAAUGGAGGUGACAACAUUGAUGGUGAGACCAAAGGUGACAAUGGUGGUAAGAUUGAAGGUGGCAACAAUGGUGGUGAGAUAGGAGGUAAAAAUGGUGAUAAGUCAGGAGAUGGUAAUGACUGUGACUCUGUAGGUGACAAUAACGGUGGUGACAAAGAAGGUGAUAAUGAUGGUGAAUCUAGCGGUGGCAACAAUGGUGGUGACUCUAGCGGUGACAACAUUGGUGGUAACACAGGAGGUGAUAAUGGUGGUGACUUUAGCGGUGGCAACAAUGGUGGUGACACGAGAGGUGAUAAUGGUUGUGAGUCAGUAGGCGAUAUCAACGGUGACUCUAGAGGCGGAAACACUGGUGUUGAGGCUAGAGGUGACAAUGGAGGAAACAUUGAAGGUGGCAAUAAUGGUGGUGACUCUAGUGGUGGCAAUAAUGGUGGUGAAAUAGGAGGUAACGAUGGUUGUAAGUCAGGAGGUGAUAAUGAUGGUGACUCUAAAGGUGGCAAAAGAGAUGGUGAGACAAAAGGUGGUAAUGAUGAUGAGACAGGAGGUGAUAUUGGCGGUGACUCUAGAGGUGACAACAUUGAUGGUGAGUCUGAAGGUGAUAGUGGAGGUAACGUAUUAGAUGGCGAUAAUAAUGGGGGUGAGAUAGGAGGUAACGACGGUUGUAGGUUAGGUGAUGAUAAUGGUGGCGACUCUAAAGGUGAAAAUAUUGAUGGUAAGGCAGAAGGUGAUAAUGCUGGUGAGUUAGGUGGUGAUAGUGGUUGUGAAUCGAAAGGUGAUAAUGGUGGUAAUUCUAGAGGUGGAAAGAUUGGUGAUGAGGCCGAAGGUGAUAAUGGAGGUAACAUUAAUGGUGGUAGUAGUGGUGGUGAGGUAGGAGGCAACAAUGGUGAUAAUUCUGGAGGUGAUAAGGGAGAUGACUCUAGAGGUGGUAAUAACGGUGGUGGGAUAGGAGGUGAUAAGGGUGGUGAGUUAGGAGGUGAUAGUGGCGUUAACUCUAAAGGUGGAAAUGUUGGUUGUGAGAUCGGUGGUGAUAAUGGAGGUAGGGUUGAGGGUGGAAAUAGUGAAGGUGAGAUAGGAGGUAACGAUGGUAAUGAUUCAGGAGGUGAUAAUGAUGGUGAUUCUAGAGGUGGCAUUAAAGGUGGUGAGAUAAAAGGUGAUAAUGGUUGUGAUUCGGAAGGUGAUAAUGUGGGUGACUCUAGGGGUGACAACAUUGGUGGUAAGGCUAAAGGUGACAAUGGAGGUACCGUUGAUGGUGGCAAGAGUGUUGGUGAGAUAGAAGGUAAGGAUGGUGGUGAGUUAGGAGGUAAUAAUGGUGGUGACUCUAAAGGUGGUGGUGGUGACACUAAAGGUGGUGGUGGUGAGAUAGAAGGCGACAAUGUUGGUAAGUCAGGAGGUGAUGAUUGUGGAGAGUCUAGAGGUGAUAACAUUGAUGGUGAGACCGAAGGUGACAAUGGAGGUAAUGUUGAGGGUGACAAUGGUGGUAAUGAGAGAGGAGGUAAUGAUGAGGAUGAGUUAGAAGGUGAUAAUGAUGGUGAUCCUACAGGUGUCAACAAAGGUGGUGAGAUUGGAGGUGAUAAUUGAGGUAAUGUUGAGGGCGACAAUGCUGGUGUUGAUAUAGGAGGUAACAGUGGUGGUGGUGGUGGUG